CGGUGCAACUCCAGCCUUCGGAUGCACACUGCAAACGACAGUCGGUUGAAUAUCUUGCAGUGAUGGCAACCGAGGCUACCAUUGAGCCCAUCGAUGAAACUCAACUAACAGGCGAUAAUGGAGAAAUCUAUUUGUUUCAAUGGUUGUCGUCGCUGCAAAAACACUUGAAAGAGGCCACUGCCGAUCUCAUCAAGGCCUCUCAGACCUCUGUGGAGGAAACUUUGUUGAAGAUUGUAUGUGGGUCCAGUGGAUAUCCACUACCUGGACGGGGGAUUCGCAACCUUUCGGCAAGAUGCUUUGUCGUUCAGUAUAGUCGUGGAGAGACGAAGACCUUAUUCGACACCCUCCGGACGUUGCUGAAGACUGCUGGUGACGCGAAAGCUUCAGAUAAGGAUAUCAUUCGAAUUGCGGCCUGUUGGACGAUCGGUGAACUCAUGGCGGCAUUUGGUUCCCAGUUUAUGUCUUUCAUGGCUGAAAUCGCUACCAUCUCAUUGAAGACCUUCAGAUCUUCCAGUUCAACUCAAAUGCGUUUUCAUGCACUAACUAUGCUCCGGAAGUCUCUGGAAAAUGCCAAGAAGGCGCUAACAGACACCGUUACUAAAGACGUUAUUAAAAACAUGAAGAACGGAAUAGGUGAUAAAGCACUUCCUGUGCAGCGUGCGGCCGCUAGGGUUCUCAUAACUAUGUUUUCGCCGGAGGAGUCUGUUUGCCUCUCGGACGCUGAAUCCGUCGUCACAUUGUGCAUCAAAACCCUCGAUAAUUGCGACAAGAUCACUCGACAAGCUCUAGCGCAUCUCGUUGGACACGUACUUGCCGCCACACAAGUCGCGCGAGUAGUCCCUGCACCCGAGCAGCAGAAGAGCAAGAAGGAUGCUGAGAACACCGAUGCUUCCAUCCCUGCUUACGUAGCUUCUGAGCACCUAAAACCACUCCUGGCACCUGGUGAAAUGUUGUCUCAAUUAUCGUCACACUUUAACAAGGCAAACCUCUCUCGAAGAGCCCGUGCGGGCAUAUUUGAUUUCUACUUCGCCCUCCUAACAAAGCUUGGUGCGGAGUUCGUGGAGAGUAAUUAUGCUCUCAUUGUCGGCCAUCUCAUGGUGGAAGUGGUUUCACAUCCGAAGAACAGUGCAACGAGAUAUGAUCGGCUCUUCACACGGAAGGUCGUUGGUGCCUUGCUUCGUGACCUUGUAGCUGCGCGAAUGUUGAGCGAGCAGGGACAAAUCGGUGCUAUCCAGGAACUGUCAUCGUCAUACCUAAGGAGAUGGCCAGCCUUGAUGCCUGGUCAGGUGGCACCGUCAUCCAAUGUCCUUACAAUCGCUCUCAGGGAGACCGCGGAGCUCCUGCAAAUGCUGGGUAACGCGCCUCCCGUAGUCCAGGAUGCCGUUGCGGAACCUUUAUUGACUCUCCUCACACACCCUAAUCAUUCUGUUCGCGUUAAUGCGAGCUGGGCAUUGAAAUGCUUCUGCUCCUCCACUCCUUUGCGUUUACCGAAGAUUAUUCUAUCUGUCAUAGAAUCACUUGACCGUGAUAUCGAGUCAUUGCAGUCUCCAGCUGCCCCGUCAGAUAUCGAUCGGCGCGCGCUUGGCCGCGCGUAUGGUCUUGCAGCAUUGGUUUCGACCAUUCCCGAGCGCCCUUUGUAUGUUUCUUUCGACGUUGCGACAAAUGUUCUGGACAUGGCCACACAACUCCUCAAACGCGCAGUCGAGCACGACGUACGCAUUGCAGGCGUAGAGAUUGAAGUCGCAUGGAUUUUGAUCGCGUCCCUCAUGCUUCUUGGUCCGAACUUCGUUCGGUCGCAUCUUUCACAGCUCCUGGUCUUGUGGCGCAAUGCAUUGCCGAAGACAAGCAACAAAGAUAACUCUCCGGGCCGCCCUGCUAGCGAAUGGGAGUUUCUUCUUCACGUUCGAGAGAGUGCUUCAGGUGCUAUCUUGUGCUUCCUACUUCAUAAUAGCCCUUUGAUAACCCUCGACGUUUCCCGGAGGAUUUCUUCCAUGCUGAACAAUGCACUUUCAUUUACGAAUGCAUUUGCCUCCCAAAUCGCCAAAGAACCUGUGUUACCAUCAACUGACGCAAAGGGACCCAAUCUCCGCACAAGAGAGUGUCUGCUGCGUUGUCGAGUAUACCAAUGCUUUGCUGCUCUCGGGACCUCCUCGCUGACGGAGUCUGCUCAAUCAAAUCUGCUCCAGUCCACCUUGACCAUAUUUGCAGGCCCGGAAGGCGACGGAAUGUCCGCAAUACAAGCUUCCAUCGCUUCGUCUUCUGGUUUUACCUCCGUAUGGCAAACCGCUGACGGUUUUGGAUAUGGGGUAACUACGAUAGAUAUUGUGGACGAUGAAACCGAGGGUUUGUUAAGUACUCAGACUGGGCGGCUCACGAACGAGCAGGUCGAGGAACUCACAACAUUGCUUCUUCGUAAACCAGUUCUGGGUGCACGUGAACAUGAUACUUUGUCUUUGUGUCUUCCCGGCACAUUGGGAAGUGACUCGCUGUGGUUUGACCCUCCUCCAUCGCCUUCAGCUGUUGUGAAUGCUGCUAUCGAAUUGUUCGCUCGAUUGCUCCCAUUGCAGGACCUGGCCACCACUACGCGAUUCGUCACGCAACUUACCGAGUUAGUGAAGUCGCCGAAGCUUGACAAGAAUGCUGGUCGCAAGGCUGCUGUAUUCGUCAAUGCUGCCAUAGCCACCGUACAAACCUUGAGAUAUGCUACGACCACUCACUAUCGCCAGGCAAAAGAAACCCUUGGUCAUCUUCAAGUAACUACUGCUUUAGCAGGAUUCCUCAAAGAUGCCUUGGUGGACGGAGAUCCGUUUUUACGCUGCGCAAGUAGUGAAGCGAUCGGUCGCCUGGCAAAUAUCUCUGGGACUACGUUCCUGACUAGCCAAGCCAAGGUCCUAGUGGACCAUAUCGUUAACAACCGCGAUCCUCAAGGGCGUGCUGGCUGUGCACUUGCCUUUGGGGAACUCUACAGUCACGUCGGCGGACUUGCUGCCGCUCCCAUCUUGAAAACGACAGUGAACAUAUUGAUGUCCCUCAGCAACGAUCCUCAUCCGCUUGUCCAUUACUGGUCGUUGACCGCUCUGGCCAAAGUCGUUAAUGCCGCGAGCUUGGCAUUCACUCCGUUCGUCCCAAGCACGCUUGGAAUGCUGGUGAAGAUAUACAUGUCGGAAGCCCACGAAACUGAAGGAGGCACGCCAAAUAAUGCAAACCUCAGUGGGGAUCUGCAGGCAUUCCCUAUAGUCUGUCGUAUUAUAGACGCAAUCAUCACAAUACUGGGGCCUGACGUCGAGGAGUCGUCAAGGACCAGGUCGCUUGUCCUGGACCUGGUGCGAGGGUUCUCUUCCGAGGAAGACGAAGAUAUCCUCGUCGAGGCCAUCAAGUGCACCCAGCACCUUCUCAUGUUUGCGUCAACUCACGUAGACAUCCCGGAUGCAGUGGCCCGCUUCAGGUCACAUCUUGCCUCCAACAGACGUCAAUUGAAGCUUGCUGCUAUAGACGCCUUGUAUCAGCUCGUCCAGAAGGAUGCCUUAGUGAUGUCAAGGCUGGGUGGCGACGGCCUAGUGGAAGAUCUUUUUGCAAUGCUGGACGGUGACCCCGGAAUUCAGGGGGUUCGAAGCGUCAUCAAGAGUUGGCUUUCUCAGACAGCAAUCCACAACCCCUCGGCUUGGAUUGACCUAUGUCUUAGAAUCAUGUUACGUACCAAUGCCCCACAGAAGACAGUCGACGCAGCGGCCAACCUAGACGACGAAGGCCAGUCACUCAACAUAUCCACAUCUGCCAGUAAUGCAGCACAAGAGGGCUCCUCCUCCGCUCCCACAUCAAGGUGGAGGACUCAACUUUUCGCAUUGGAAUGUUUGCACGAAAUUUGCACAGUGGUAGCUAAAUCGGCAAGGAAAGAGCACACGGACGUUCUCUUCGCGAAAUACAGAGGCAUUCCCGCCCAUGGUCUUCUUGUUUCCAGAAUACCUGAUUUGAUUAAAAUGGCAUUCACAGCAUCGGCUGCAUAUGUGACAGAAAUUCGGCUGGAGGGUCUGGUUGUUCUAUGUGAUGUCAUCCAGGUUUUUUCUAAGACACCAGACCCGGAUUACCCGGAGGCUUUGCUGCUCGAGCAGCAUCAGGCGCCGAUCACAGCUGCUCUUACCCCUGCAUUUUCUUCCGACUCAACGCCCGAAAUUUUAUCCUCAGCUAUCGAUGCCUGCGCCCUUUUUGUUGGGUGUGGUGUGGUAAAGGACACCGCUAGGAUGGGUCGGAUUCUGAAGCAGCUAACGAGUGCUCUGACAGAAGUCAACGGGAACGGCAAUUUGAAAAUGGGGACCCUUGGCGAGCUGAGCCCGAACGCGUCUGGGAUGCUCAGAGUGUCUAUUCUGGCUGCAUGGGCCCGAUUGGAAAUAGCGUCAACGGAACAAACAUACCUUCUUGAGGUUAUCGAACCCUACCGAGAAAUACUCGCGUCGCAAUGGGUUGCGUGUUUGCGUGAUUAUGCUACUAUCCGUGUAGAUUCAGAAUUUGUCUACGAUGCCUCAGUGCUUUCUUUGGACCCAUCAUUCGCAAAUCUGGGUAAAGUGGUGUUAUUACCGUAUUACUGCGACACAUGGGCUACCAUCCUGCAAGCGGUUGCCAAUGCCAUGGAUCGUGCGGACGGUUUUGUGGCCGCCGCCAUCCUUGGGCAAGACCCAAAAUCAAAUAUCAAUGGCGCUUCCACAGUCCGUGCUGAGCCAGCGCCACUUUUCUAUGUCAUCUUCGGUCUCGUGUACGAGGCUCUGGCGAUGCCCCCCUCCCAACCAACGAAUUCAGUCCAUCUACAAUCCGACGUCGCGACUGCGUCCCUGGGAGCCCUCAAAUCUCUCAUAGAUCCUCGUUAUUCUGGAAAGACACUGCUGGAACCGGCUAUACUCAAGGAGUUCUUCAAUUUGUGUCAUCGUAUGGUGAUGGUGGAAAACGCAGCUACCCUUGUUCACCUCCUGGUAGUUGUCCGUGCCUUCUGUAAGCAUUUCGGGCACCUCGGAAUCGAAGGCGCCGCCGUGUCCAACGAGAGUCUACCUGUCGACUCGGUCCGUGCUCAGUGCCUGAAGAUAUGCGCGUAUGUUCUACGGCACGUCAGACACAACCAAGGAGCUCCUGCAAUAACUGGGUCCCUCCAAGAGCUAGCCAAGAUGAUAAGCGGUGCCUUGAGUAACUUCGAGCUUGUGGCAACAACGACGGUUGGCAACAUUCGAGAGGAUGUUCGUGGCAUUGGAUGUGUACUCUAUGCAGAGCUACUGAAGGAUGAAACGUUAGACAUAGACCUUGUAACCCCCACUCUGCCUGCAUUCAAGGCGUUACUGUCGGUCGAGGUGAAGGAGAGUACUCGUGAUCGCUACGACCAAUUAAUUCAUGGACUGGUAUCCUCGUGCCUGCUGAACAUUGACGAUAUGCGUGGACGAGAGGGCUCGGUUUGUACCAGAAAGGUUAACACGAAUAUGCUGGCCGCUGUGGUCAUCCUGACCAGCAUUCCCCCUCGAGCGAAAAUUGCAUGUGGAGUCGUCGAGCACCUAGCCCAUCUUAUCUGCCAGAAACUGGAGGAGAGUGAUGAUAUGGCUAUGAUAGCAGUUCACUGUUCGAAAACGCUCACAGUGGCGGCAACGGGCAGCGACCUUCUUCGUAGUUGCUCCCGAUUACUCUUACCCGCACUAGUGCAGUACGUUGCUAGGUUAUCACCCCGCAUAGACGACGAUACCCUAUCAGAGCAACAUUGCUCUGCCAUCGAGGAGGUAUAUAAAACGUUCGCCGCGCUACUCUCGUUGGCGACAGAACAGAAUCGCACUCGCCUGCUGUGUAUAAUCCUGCCUACGAUUACUCUUCUCUUACGUCCUUCGCGCGUGCCCGCGCCCAGCAUUCAUUCGAGCGCUGUGUCACAACUUUUAACACUCGCAGCGUCAUCCCCGACAUUUUUCAAGGAAGCUGCUGCCCAGCUUGAUCUGAAAGUGCGAGAAGUGCUUGAACUCUCCAUCAGGAAGGCAGUUGAAGGUGCAUCAGCUGUCACUCAAACAACGGCAAAACCGCAGAUUUCUUUGAGGUCUUUCUGAUGUGCAUGGCCCUUAUUCAAUCAAUCUUCGCGCGAAGCAAGAGAACGGGAAUUUGGGCUUGCACAAGGGCAGGGAAAGAUCUCCAAGCUGCUCGAAGGCUUAAUGUAUCGUAGUCAGGCUGUAUCGGCCACUGGUUACCCAGAUCUGCUGGUUUUAUAGCAUUGUCACGGUUUUACAGGGUAGUUUGGCUUCCAGCCGUGGUUAAUGUAAUCAUGACAGGCGCAUACUGAAGCUCUCGUUUGUCAAGUGUUGCUCUUGCAAUGUAAUUCCUACGAGUCUG